AUGAUCGAGAAUACAAGAUGGUGGAAUAGGGUGAAGACAGUUAAAAUGGAUGGAGAAGGAUUAGCUGAUGAGCAGAAAGGCCACCAUUCAGAGAGGACAGGCCAGUGGCAGAAGGACACCUGGAGACCCGUGAACACAGGGAAGCAGCAGAGACAGCAGAGUGGUGCUGAGGCACCAGAUGCCUCAGCUAUCAGCAGAGCACCACUCAUGGUGUCAGCCAUGAAGAGUGGCCUGAACGGGACUUAUUCCAAGGUGACCGAAUUUAUUCUGCUGGGAUUCCGGACAUCGCCCGAAGUACAGAUCCUCUUAUUCUCGCUGUUCUUGCUCAUCUACACAGUCAUUGUGUUGGGGAAUAUGAGCAUGUUACUGAUCAUUUGGACAGACUCCAGACUUCACACGCCCAUGUACUUCUUCCUCAGAAAUCUAUCCUGUUUAGAUCUCUGCUACUCCACGGUCAUUGCCCCCAAAACUCUGGCUCUGUUCUUGUCCCAAGACAAGAAAAUCUCUUACAAUGGCUGUGCUACACAGUUCUUCUUCUUCGCUCUCUUUGUGGGGACUGAAGGAUUUCUUCUGGCCGUGAUGGCGUAUGAUCGCUUCUCGGCCAUUUGUUUUCCUUUCUUGUAUACCGUGCGCAUGUCUCAGCCGGCUUGCGUCCGUUUGGUGGUCGGUUCGUACAUCUGCGGGGGCAUCAACUCCAUGACACAAACAGGCUUCACCUUCAGCCUGCGUUUCUGUGGAGAAAACAGACUGGACCACUUUUUCUGUGACGUCCCAGCCCUCAUCAAGAUCUCUUGUGUUGACCCCUUCGUGAAUGAGCUUGUACUGUUUCUCCUCUCUGCGCUCAUCAUCAUCAGCACCACAACUGUCAUUCUGGUUUCCUACGCCUACAUCCUCGCCACUGUCCUCAAGAUCCCCUCAGCCCGCGGCAGGAGGAAGACCUUCUCCACCUGUGGCUCCCACAUCACCGUGGUGAGCUUAUUCUAUGGAACUGUGUUCUUCAUGUACACCCAGCCGGGGGCCAUCUCCUCACCAGAGCAAAGCAAGGUGGUGGCUGUGUUCUACACGCUGAUCAUACCCAUGGUUAACCCUCUGAUCUACAGUUUAAGGAAUAACGAGGUGAAAAGUGCCUUGAAAAGGAUCUUGGUGAAAAAAAAACAUCUUUUCUGUUGUGUGUUUUCAGAUGCCUGCUUUCAGGUUAGCAGCAGUAUCAGGCAGAAGUGCAUAGGUUUCCAUGUACCUCCUACCCCUACACCUUCAGAGCUGCCCACACCAUCAGCAGUUUACAGCUGA